GGCAGGGAUGCUAAUGAUCAAUACUUCCCUUUGGCAUUUGGUGUGGUUGAAAAUGAAACAAAGGAGAGUUGGAGAUGGUUUAUACAACUACUAAUGGAGGACAUUGGUCAGGAUAGAAGAUAUGUAUUUAUCUCUGAUCAACAGAAGGUAUGUAUUUAACUCUAUCUUUCUGUUGCAAAUUAUUCUAUUCUCUAAAUGUUGGAAAAAUUUCUAUUUUGUAUCAGGGACUUGUGGCUGUAUUUGAAGAAUUGUCUGAUACUAUUGAGCAUAGAUUAUGUCUUAGGCACUUGUAUGCUAAUUUCAAGAAAAGGUUUGGUGGAGGAGCCCUUAUUAGAGAUUUAAUGAUGGGAGCUGCUAAAGCCACAUACUAUCAGGCAUGGGUCCAAAAGAUGAAUGAAUUGAAGAAUGCAGAUCCCAAUGCUUGGACUUGGUUGAUGGCUGUUCCUACCAAAAGCUGGUGUAAGCAUGCCUUUUCUUUUUACCCUAAAUGUGAUACAUUGAUGAAUAAUAUCUCAGAGUCUUUUAAUGCUACCAUUCUAGCUGCUAGGGACAAACCUAUACUCACAAUGUGUGAGUGGAUAAGAAAAUAUCUGAUGAAUAGGUUAUCCACCUCUGCAAGUAAACUAGAAAAUUGGCCACAUAAGGUGAUGCCAAUACCUAGGAGAAGGUUAGAUAAUGAGGUGUUCAGGAGUGGUCAUUGGUUGCCAACAUGGUCAAUUGCUGAGACUUUUCAGGUUACACAUAGUUACAACACACAUGAAUUUAUUGUUGACAUUGCUAAAAGGUCAUGUAGUUGUAAUUUUUGGGAAUUAGUAGGAAUUCCAUGUAGGCAUGCUGUAGCUGCUCUGAGUUAUAGAAAGCAAAACCCUGAUGAAUUUGUUGAUGCUUGUUACACAAGAGAAAAGUUUGCACUAUGUUAUGGAUUUUCAGUAAGUCCAAUCAAUGGUCAAGAUAUGUGGCCAGAAGUUGAGAUGGAACCACCUCUACCACCUGCAUAUAAAAAUGGUCCUGGUAGACCUAAGAAGAUUAGGAUAAGAGAAAGUGGAGAGGAUGGUGCAAGGAAGAGAAGAUCUGGUGUUGCAUAUAAGUGCACCAAAUGUGAUAAUUUUGGUCACAAUGCUAUGACUUGUAAGGCUACCACUCAGGAUCCCAAUGCACUUAAAAGAAAGAGAAAACCUAAAAAAGGACAUGUGCCAACUGCAACUGAUAUGCCAACUGCAAAUGAUAUGCCAACUGCAUCUGAUAUGCCUGCCCCAACUGCAACUGAUAUGACUGUUCCAACAAAUGUGCCUGUUCCAACUGAUCCACAGCCUCCAACUGAUAUGCCUGUUCCAACUAUUAUGAGUCAAACAGGAUCUAGUGUGGCUGCCUCAAUCACAAAACAAUCCAGAAAAAGGGUUGAAAAAAAACCUAUCAUCAAAAGAAGGCAAAGUGAGAGGAUCAAGUUGAGUUGGUUUAAAAGACCCAUAACAGGUGAAGGAAUAUCUAGUGACAAACCAAUUACCCUACCAGAAAAUGAAGACAUACCCACUUCAAAAUGAGGGACUGAUUAUUAUGUUUCUGCUAUGUAUUUUGUAAUCCUUUUGGAAAA